AUGUACGGCGCUGGUGACUACCCACCCGAUCUUACUCCUGAGGACCCGGCAUAUGGUUAUCAGCCUGGUCCCCCCGGUCCCCCGGGUCCAUACGGCUCGUCGAACGCACCGCGCUCCAUGCGCCCGCCAGGACCACCAGGUUCUGGUCGACCCAUGGGUCCCCCAAAUGGUCGCGGUCAUCCCAGUGACAGACCUCCUCCCGCAAAAGCGCAGAGGACAACCUCGUAA